GUUGCGACUACUAGGAGUAGCAAGCAGAUCGGCUACGAGUCAGCCAUAUAGCUACAAACUAAUUCCUUGCGUCGCGCUAGCUAGUAUCCAAAUCGAUCAACCGAUCGCCAUGGCCGGAGCUACUGCUAGUGGAGGAGCUGCUGCCGCCGCCGCGGCCGCCGCUGCCGGCGCGACGGGCGCCGGGUCGCCGUGCGGUGCGUGCAAGUUCCUGCGGCGGCGCUGCGUGCCCGAGUGCGUGUUCGCGCCCUACUUCAGCAGCGACCAGGGCGCGGCGCGGUUCGCGGCCAUCCACAAGGUGUUCGGCGCCAGCAACGCCUCCAAGCUGCUCUCCCACCUCCCCGCCGCCGACCGCUGCGAGGCCGUCGUCACCAUCACCUACGAGGCGCAGGCGAGGCUCCGCGACCCCGUCUACGGCUGCGUCGCCCAGAUCUUCGCGCUCCAGCAGCAGGUCGCCAUCCUGCAGGCGCAGCUCAUGCAGGCCAAGGCGCAGCUCGCAUGUGGCGUCCAGCAGGGCACCUCGCCGGUCAGCCACCACCAGUGGCCGGCGGACCUCACCGCCCUGCUGCGCCAGGACGCGGCAAGGAGGCCCGGCCCAGGGGCGGGGUCCCUCGACGACUGCUUCGUGCCGGAGCUCAUGGCCGCCGGCUUCAGGGACGACGUCGCCGCCGCCGCCGCGCAGCAUUGCGCCAAGGCCGACGCCGGGGACCUCCAGUACCUGGCGCAGGCCAUCAUGAGGAGCCCCAACUACUCCCUGUAGACGACCAUGCGUAUCAUUUUGUUGCUUGGAGCCAUGCCAUCUCCACUCCGCUAAUGCAAAAGUGCGAGAGCUACUAGAAUUCGGGGGAAAUUAACUUGUACUACUAGUGAACUCUUGUUUUUUAAAAAAAAUAUUAUAUCAUCAUCAGUGUUCUGAUCUUAGUGAGUACUCCGUAGUAGAAAUCAUAUUAGUACUACUGUAGUGGGAGAGCCAGCCUGCAUGCAUGCUUUUGAUGAUUAGCAGCAAGAGUCUGUCUAAAUAAGAACUUGUUGUCAGUACUG